UGAUUGAUACGUUGUUCAAAUCGACGUAUAUAGAUACAAAUUGUGCUUCAUCGAAAAUGAUGGAACCGCCGAAGCUGAAAUGAUAGCUUUCGGCGAGGUUGGCAGGCGCAUUGUGGGUAAACCUGUCCAGCAGGUCCUGCGAACAUCAAGAUCCGCAAACGACACACCACCAGAUAUUGCAGCCAUAGUAUCCUUAAAAUUCACUCUUGCAGUCACCUUAACAGAACAAAGCUACUAUAAUCCUCAAAAAUCAUAUCAAGUCAAUUCUGUUAUUACUGCUUAUGGCAGACAGCAUGCACUUCCACAUACAAGGCAUGACCAACAUAAACAUACAACAAGUUCCCAAAUGCCACCUCAUGCACUCACAUAUCCAACAUCAUCAAGCACUGACCUAGCAUCACAAACACUAAACUAUCCAAUGACUUCUUAUAGCACUCCACCCAAUCCUACCAUACCAUACAGGUCCGCAAACAUCUCACCAUCAUCAGCACCCGAAAUUCAGACAGCAGCACAGAAAACCAUCCCAAGAGAUAUUACCCCUCCACCUCCACUGGACCAUGAUGAAACACCAUCGAAGAAAACUGCACUCACGCAUGAUGUUGCUUCAUCUAAACACUCUAUUGCUCAGAAGAGGCUAUUCCAAGAUACAAUGGAUACUGCAAAGGAGGACAGUAGCACUCCGAAGAAAACUAAAAAUGACACUUCCAAAGCAGCAGCCAGCGCACCACUCUCCCUCGCAAUCCAGCAAGAAUUGCUUCCCAACAACCUACAAGUGGAGCCACAAAAAUGCCUGACCUCGAACCUCCUGAUGCUCAAAAAAACAAAUAACGAAGGCAACCAAAACAACAGCCACAUUUUGAUCUUGAAGCACAGCUUGUCUUUUGCCAUAGGAAACAGUCUAGUCUUGCUCCUUUUUUGUUGCAACUUGCUUUUGGAACUGUGAAAAGCAGCCUCUUAGCGCGCUAGCCAUACCUCAGGAAAAAACAGUCUGCUCUACCCUUUUUUUUCCCUUGCUGGAACUUGCUUUUGGAACUGUGACACGCAGCCUCUUAACGUGCCAGCCAUGGCUGGAAACGCUACUAGUAUCCUUCCUAUAACAUCAUAUGUACAAAUAUAUCCUCCUAAGAUAGCAAAUGUAUGAAAAGAACUAGCCAUAACAAUUCACUGUUACCAUAGCCUCCUCAAACUACAUGUUAUGAACAAAAUAGCAUCAAGCUCCCCUAAUGUUGCUCAUAUAUAUCUCAGCAAUGUAUAUUUCAGCACCCAUUAACAACUGCAUGCCAAUACAACCAUUAUGCUCCCAGUUAACCAACAUAUAGACAUAUCCAGUAGUAUCUCUAGCAUUGUUGUCUGUUAGAUCCCUGUUGCAGUACGUCAACACUGCCGUUACCUAUUUGGCAUAAAUGCAAAUUUUCUCUUGUAAUUCUCUUUCCUUCAGUUUAGGAGUCUACCGGUAUAUUUUUGACAAUGAUUCUUAGAUUAUUAGUUUCCAUGGUACUUGCAUAUAGCAGUUUGUUCCACCACAUCAUAUCACAGUGCCCAUUUUCAAAUGCUCAAACAUCACACUAAUGUUAGAUACGAUGCUUAUUUCUUAUCAUGUUGCAUAAUAGAAGUCAAUACACACACAAACUGAUGUGUAUGUGUACACCAUGCAUUCUCCUAGCUCGAUUAAGUACAUCCUAUAUUGUUCUUACGAAGUGUACUUCUUGUUUUACAAAAUCUUUACCUUUUUUGUGCGUUAUCAUUCACCAAUCUCAUUCAGUAAUUCAAAACAUGUCCCUUUUUCCUAGCUUAAAAAAGAAAUCUGACAGAUAACGAUUACAUAACACAUAUCAACUCUUUCUGUUCUACCCUUUCAAUUCAUCACUUGCUCCAUUACCUGUUUCCUAUAGGCUGUUGCCUGGUGCUCCAAAAAUGUUCUCGUUCCACAAAAACACUUUACACUGCUUGCACCACUCCUUUCACAUUGUGCCCACAUCGUUUGAGAUGCUUCUGAUAUAUCGUUUGCUCCUAUGGUGCUUGAACCUAUUUCAUAUUCCUACACAAUACAUGUUCUAUAUUAUGCUUCAUAUAUGAAUUAUAUGUAACAUCCAUAUUGUAUUAAAUCCCUGUUGCAGUACGUUAAGUCUAGCAAUCAGCACUACUGUUACCUAUUUAAGAUAAGUGCAAAUUUUCACUGGUAAUUUUCUUUGCUUCAUUUUAGUAGUCCACCGGUAUUUUUUCGAUGAUAAUUCCCAGGUUAUUGAUCCUCAUGAUGCUUGCAUGUAGCACUUUAUUGCAUCAGAACAUAUCACAGUCCUCAUUUUCACAUGCUGAGACACCACACUGAUCUUAUAUGUAAUGCUUACUUCUCAUCAUGUUCUAUAAUCAAAAUCAAUAAACGCACAACUUGAUGUGUAUAUGUACCGCAUGCAAUCUCUUGGCUUGACCAAGUGCAUCCUAUGUUCUUCUUAUAAAGUGUAGUCCAUGUUUUACAACAUCUUUACCCUUUUUGUGUGUGGUAUGAUUCACCUAUCUCAUCCACUACUCCAACACAUAUGCUUUUUCCCUACCUUAGGAAAAAAAUAUGACAGAUAAGAGUUGCAUAACAAAUAUCAACUUUUUCUCUUCUACCCUUUUAGUUGAUUACUUGCUGCAUUCCCUCUAUCCUAUAGGCUGUUACCCAAUACUUCAAAAAUUUUGCCGUCGGAGAAAAACACUUUAUACUGCUUGCAUCACUCCUUUCACAUUGUGCUGACAGCAUCUCAGAUGCUUCUGAUGUCUGAUUUCCUCCUAUGAUGCUUAAGCCUAUUUCAUUUCCCUGCGCCAUACAUGUUCUAUAUUAUGCUUCAGUG